UGCCGGAAAGAAAGGCUGGGACCGGAUCCGUUUCGACAACGCAACGCGAGGCUGGCAGGGCACUGUCACCAAGAUCAUGGCUCUGACUACGGUGAGCAAACGCCGGCAGAGUAAGAUCCAACAAGACUUUGAUGGUCGACAGAAGGACCUCAAGGUCAACAAAUCGAACAUCCAUGUAAACCUCGACAUGGAGAAAGAGCCGGAUGUAGUCAGCAUCUCCGAGCAGCCUUUCGAGGAGGUGCCCAUCAUCAGGCGGCCAUUCUCCAGCAAAGGCAGGGAGCCCAGCGACAGGAGGGCGAACUGGAAGACACCUAACUUCCCCAAACAGGACAGGGGCGCCAGUUUCAAGUGGGACAAACCCCUAAACUCGGAGGAGUCCACGAGUUACUCCUCGCCGGGACAACAACUCCAGCGGCUGAAUGUGCUGCUGCAUGAGAAGGACAGGGAGCUGGAGAUCGUGAGGAACCAACUGAAGAAGGCACAGACGGACAACUACAAUCUGAUCAAGGAGCUACAAGGCUACAAAGGCGAGCACUAUGACGACCUAAAGAAGGACAAUCUCGUCCUGAAGGAGCAGAUUGACAGAGUCAUUCGAGAGAACAUGAAGCUGUGCGGCCUCCGGAGACAGGAUCAGAACACCAAGCUACAGGAACUGAAGCUCAAAGAGGAGCUGCAAAGGAAACAUGGCGUCCGGAACCGGAACGCUACGCCAAGGAGGUCCGUUCCGAAUGAGGAUAUUUGGGCUGAGCCGAAUGGUUUACUUGAAGGGGAUGUUAGCUUGCAUCUGAGUAACUCUGAUGGUGGAUUGGACGAGGACCAUUUGAAAGACAAGAAGGUUUCUUUCGACGAGAAGACGGAGUAGAUAAUGAAUAGAUCAUGGGUGGUUUAGACUCAUGCAGUCCGUUAUCAUUGUCGUUCUUCCUCUAGGUUGAGGAACGAGGCCGGUCCACUGACUUGAGCCACGGUAGUUUUUCAUACAUACCAUCCAAGGGAUGGAUCCUUAAGCACUCGGCCCCUUUGACACAUUUUAAGGCCUGCGUACACUGCGUAUGUAAUGCAUUGUUUUGCA